AUGUCUUCAACACCAAUCGAUCAACAUCAACAACAACUAUCAUCUUUAAAUUUACAAUGUCGUGAACGAUCAUCAGAAGCACGACUUCAUCUUUACAAUAAUUUAACUAAGAAAAAGGAAUUGUUUGUACCAAUAAAUGGUAACGAAGUUCGAUGGUACAGUUGUGGGCCAAGUUUUUAUGAUAAAUUCCAUAUGGAUGUUGUCAGAUAUUAUAUCACUUUGGAUAUUCUUCGUCGUGUUAUGAAGAAUUAUUUUGGUUAUGAUGUUGUUUAUUACAUGAAUAUACAUGACGUUGAUGAAAAAAUUUUCAAUUUAACUGAUGAAAAAAAUUCAAAAACAAAUAUGGAUAUUGAUGCAGCUAGUGCAGCUUCUACACCUCUAUGCAAAGUAGAAUAUUAA